AUGGAUAACAAUAAUAAUAACAAUAAUAAUAAUAAUAAUAAUAAUAAUAAUAAUAAUAAUAAUAAUAAUAAUAAUAAUAAUAAUAAUAAUAAUAAUAAUAAUAAUAAUAAUAAUAUUAACAAUAAUAAUAUUAACAAUAAUAACAAUGUUAACAAUAAUACAAAUAAUUCAAAAAAAAAUUUUAAAAGAAAAAUAGAAAAUGAUGAAACUUCCAUAUUUAAUAUGAAGUCCAUUAGAGUCGAGGUCCUUAACACCGAAAUUGAAUUAUUAAUUAAAGAAAAAGAAGAAGACCACAAAGAGAUCAACGAAGCUUUCCAAAAACAUAUAAAUGUUUUAAAUGAAAAGAAAAACCAAAUCAUAAACAAAAUAGAAUCAAAAAAGAUGAAAAUGUGCCACACAGUUUCCAGGGUCUUCGAAAAGUAUCCAUUAGCUUCAGAAAAUUAUAAACAAAAAGUUGAAAGCCAUGCCAAAAAAGUCCACAAACAAGAGGUUUUAAAAUUCCAUAUAGGUCUCCACAAAAAACAUGGUGAAAUAAUGAAAAAUAGAUCUAGAUCAAUUAUGGAGACAAUCAGAGUAAAUAGAGAAAGAGUCGAGCAAUUAAAAAGAGAGAUCAGAUUAGAAGAAAUAGCCAAAGAAAAUUCAUACGGUAGAAUGGAAUGA